CUGGUUCGGCCCCCUUUUACACAAUUUACUUACUCUCUGUUAGGGUUUAAGGCUCAGCGCAAAAAAGAACUCGAGAAGCGAAGCGACGCCGAUCUUCAACCAACCAUGUUUCCCGGGAUGUUCAUGAAGAAGCCGGACAAGGCUGAGGCGUACAAGCAGCUGAAAGUCCACGCCGCUAUGUUCACUGCCUGGGUCGCCGUCAUCCGCAUCAGUCCUUACCUCCUCCAUUAUCUCUCCGCCGCCGAGAAGGAAGAGCUCAAGCUCGAGUUCUAG